AUGGACAGACAAGGUCUAAUCACAAGGGUAUUGGCCCCAUACGACCAAGACUAUCCGGCCAAUGUGUAUGGCACGCGUUCUCAUUCCCAACGUACCGCUCGACGAAGCGACGGCAUUUAUCGGAGUGACCUUUCGGACGCUUCUGUCUUCAGGACGAAUCUAUAUCGCGGGGACGACCUCUACAACUUAUUGAACAGAGACAUGAAACCUUGCUGCAUUAGAUGUGUCCGAAUGCGGUUUGAAGUCUGCAAGGAUAUCCUUGCGCAAAACCCAUACACAUUGGAUGAUUUGCUUGUCCUCCUCGAUGAUGUUGUGGAAGAGUUGCAAGAAAUGCGAUGCGUCUUUUAUGAAGACGAUCCUCACACCUACAAUCUCAUCGCUACUCGGAUGCUAUACUAUAGAAACUGCAACACAUAUCCUAUUGCGGGUAGAUUUGCGGAGCUAUACCCGGGCGGCGGAAUCUCGCAAGUGUGGUCAGAUGCCGCGGGAUGCGAAGACGAGACUUCCGGUCGACUGCAUACUCAGCUCUAUAAGCGGCAGCAGGCCGAUCAUCCAAUUCGGCUAUUCGCCCCUAGCCAAUCAUCACCAUCCAGCUCCGAGGGUAUCCUCAUACCAUCAACUCUGACACGACGAAAGACCGUAUGGGAUAACAUUCGAGGAAGAGAUACCGCGACAUUCCCAGGCUGCGAGCCCUUCGUCAUCCGGCUACCAGCUAAGGAUUUCCACUGGGAUCGAUGUUACGGCACACAGAAGGAGCUUACACGGGCGGUACAGAAACGGUUCGGUUUGAUUGAACCCGUCAUACGCUUAUCCCCAGAAGCUCCCAAGGGAAAAGAGAUCGUGCUCGGGAUGCGCCACGCGGGAGAUUGGGACGAACCAGAAGCUCAUCUUCUUCUCAACGAUCUAUUUGACACUAUGGUAUCCUACAGUCUCACCUUGCUCAGUGACAACUGCACCUUCAGCUUUGUCGAGUACCAGAGAUGGCGAUGCAUUGAGCUAUUACGUGGUGGCAGCCGCAGGGACAGGUAUUGA